UCAUAACCUGCCCACAUGACUGUAGAAUCCACUUUUCUCUUUUGAUUUUAGUUGAAGGACUUUCACAAAGAUGAGCAAUAUAAAAAGCAUGUUCAGAAAGAAGUGGUCAUCUGAAGAGAGGUUAGAUGGGAAGACAGCCAUAGUAACAGGUGCCAAUACAGGCAUUGGCAAGGAGACGGCGUGGGAUCUGGCCAAAAGAGGAGCCAGAGUGAUCAUGGGCUGUAGAAACAUCGAAGAAGCCAAAGAUGCAGCAAAUGAAAUAAUUAAAGAUACUGGAAACACUGCAGUUGUUGCAUGCCAACUAGAUCUGGCAAACACCAAGUCCAUUUGUGACUUUACUGAAGAAAUCUACAAUAUGGAAAUACCAGUACACAUUUUGAUCAACAAUGCUGGAGUAGUAAUGUGUCCAUAUGAAAAGACUACUGAUGGAUUUGAAAUGCAUAUUGGAGUGAACCAUUUGGGGCAUUUCUUUUUGACAUUUCUAAUGAUGGACUUGCUAAAGAACUCUGCACCUGCCAGAAUAAUCAACAUUUCCUCCAUUGUACAUAAAAUGGGAAAGAUCCAAUUUCUUGACCUGAACAGUGAAAAGAGUUAUCAUCCUGUGAAGGCUUAUGCUCAGAGUAAACUGGCCAAUGUCCUUUUUACUCAAGAACUGGCAAAAAGACUUGAAGGAACUGGAGUUGCAGUCUAUGCAGUAGACCCUGGGAUGGUCUACACUAAUGCAAUCAGGCAUAUGAAUACUUUAAUCCAAAAUAUUAUUAAAAAAUAUAACUUUCUUGUCAAAACACCAGCAGAAGGUGCCUAUACCACCAUUUAUUGUGCUGUCACACCAGGCCUAGAACACGGGAAUGGUGGUUAUUACAGUGACUGUGGACCAUCAACUUGUUGCAGAGCAGCCAGGGAUGAAGAGUCUGCAAAACUGCUUUGGAAGCUUAGCUGCAAUAUGUUAGGAAUAAGAUGGCGAUGAGAAGAGUGCCUGAGAUGGCUCACUUUUGGGUUAUUAAAAGAGAAUUACAAAUUUCUAUGAACUCACAAGCAAUUCACUAUUGUUUGAAUAAAAUGUAAUUGUAAGGACUCUGCAAUAAAAGAACAAAUGUUGAAGAGUAAGAAAGCUAUUAAUAAAGAUAAACUUUAAAGUAAAUUGGAACAUAUGAUAGAAAUGGAAAUAUUACCAUCAGAGAAAGAAUAGACCAUUUACGUUUGAAUUAUGAAACAGAAUAAAAGAAGACAAAAUUAAAUAAAAUAUUUA